UUAUAUAUUUUAUAUCGAAUACAUUUUUUUAGGAUUACACACAAAAAAUAACGGGGAAAUUCUUUGAAGCAUAUCAUUCAUGGUUUUUUUCCCUCGUUGUUUAUGGAAGAUUCGAGUAGUAAUUAGUUCUUUUUUCUUUUUUUUCAUUGUAAAUUUGAUUUUUAAAAUUGAUUUGAAAACGGCAUCGUUUACGCUUUGGCAAACACAACUAGUAGUAUUCGUUCUCUCCAACGUUUUCAUAUGGCACAGUCACGUUCGCGAUUUCUUCGCGAUCGGAAGAGUUUCUUGAUUUCUCUCUGUAAACGAAAGUGACGUUUGUUUGCGCGUAGUUUAAUUCAUUUCUUUUUUUUUUUUUCAAUCUCAUUUAUCCCGACAUUAUAAAUCACAAAACAAAACCAUAAAAAAACCUGACAAAAAAGAAACGAAGAUUAUAUUUCCUACAUACUUUUUUUUGUAUAUGCAUAUAACAAAAUUAAUUUCAUCAACUAUGGGUAGUACAAAUACGAAGGAGUUACAAAAUUAUUCAAGAAACAACAGAAUUUCGACCAGUUUGAAUCGUGCUACCAAUAGUAACCUUGAACUUGUCACCUGUCAAGACGAUCAGCUGACCAUUAACGGGAUUCAAAGCAGUGCAAGAGUUACUACGAGAAACAAACAAUCUUUGACAAUGUCGAACCUCGAACGUGAUCGUCUGGGUCAACCUGGAACUGGUGAUGCUACAUGUCAUGGCCUUCUUCGUGGCAUUGACCACAUCAAGAAUCCUCAAUUGAAUAAGGGAAUGGCAUUUAGUAUAGAAGAAAGACAACUGCUUGGCAUUCAUGGUCUUUUACCGGCUGCUGUGAAGACUCAAGAGGAACAAUUGGAACUUUGCCGUUUGAAUUUGGAACGUUAUCCCGAUGACCUUCUUAAAUAUAUCUACCUCAUAGGCCUACUGGAUAGAAACGAAAGAUUGUUUUAUCGUUUACUGAUGGACAAUGUUGAACAGAUGAUGCCAUUGGUAUAUACGCCAACAGUAGGUCAAGCUUGUCAAAAAUUUGGUUUGAUUUAUCGUAGACCACGUGGCUUGUUCAUAAGUAUACAUGACAAGGGAUACGUUUAUGACAUCUUGAAAAACUGGCCUGAACAUGACGUACGUGCUAUCGUUGUUACCGAUGGAGAAAGGAUACUUGGACUUGGUGAUUUAGGAGCACACGGUAUGGGAAUUCCAAUAGGAAAGUUAGCUCUUUAUACGGCCUUGGCUGGUAUUAAACCACACAAUUGUCUUCCUAUAACUCUUGAUGUUGGUACUAACACACAGUCAUUGUUAGACGAUCCUCUUUAUAUUGGACACAGACAUAAACGUGUCACAGGUCAAGAAUACGAUGAAUUUCUGGAUGAAUUUAUGAAAGCGGUAGUAAAACGUUACGGACAAAAUACCUUGAUACAAUUUGAAGAUUUUGGAAAUGCCAAUGCCUUCAGACUAUUGAUCAAAUAUCGCGAUCAUUAUUGUACGUUUAACGAUGACAUACAGGGUACAGCUUCGGUUGCAGUAUCUGGUUUAUUAGCAUCUCUUCGAGUGACGAAUACGAAGCUUUCCGAAAAUACGAUUGUCUUCUUUGGAGCAGGAGAGGCUUCAUUAGGCAUCGCUACGUUAUGCGUAAUGGCGAUGCAGAAGGAAGGUGUAAGCAAAGAGGAAGCAAAGAACAAAAUCUGGUUGGUAGACUCGAAAGGAUUGGUCGUUAAGAAUCGUCCAAGUGGCGGAGUUACGGAACAUAAAUUAGAAUUUGCCAGGGAAUGUGAACCUAUUGAAAAAUUAUUAGAUGUUGUUAAAACAGCUAAACCAACUGUAUUGAUUGGUGCCUCAGCUGUAGGAUCUGCCUUUAACGAAGAAAUAUUAAAAGAAAUGGCACGGAAUAGCGAGAGACCAAUCAUCUUUGCUUUAAGUAAUCCUACCAGUAAAGCAGAGUGUACGGCUGAUCAAGCUUAUAAGGCUACUAUGGGAAAGUGUUUAUUUGCGAGUGGCUCGCCUUUCCCACCGGUUCAAAUCGAUGACAAAACUUUCUAUCCUGGUCAAGGAAAUAACAGUUAUAUAUUCCCUGGAGUAGCACUGGCUGCCAUUUGCGCUGGUAUGCGAGUUAUUCCAGAAGAAACGUUCCUUAUCGCUGCCACGGUUUUAUCAGGUUUGGUCACGAAUGAAGAUUUGGACAGAGGUACUUUGUACCCGCCAUUGGCUGAUAUACAACAAUGUUCUUUGUGUAUAGCAACAAAAAUUAUGGAAUACGCUUAUAAAUCUUCACUGGCUACUGUUUUACCGGAACCUAAAGAUUACAUGGAAUUCAUCAAAGCACAGUUAUACAACACAGAAUAUAAAUCGUCUAUUCCACCAACAUAUAAAUGGCCAUAAGCUUAAUCUACUGACGUAAGAAUUCACGCGUUCACGCUUAAUAUAUCGGAUAUUAAGUUUCGACAAAGUAUAUAAUUUAAAAUUUAUAUUAUUCGGCUAUUUAUUGUUAAGAAAGCCUGUUGAUCGGGUAAUAAAGUAUCAUUGUAAAAAAAAAAAAA